AUGCCAUCAUCAUCUAGAAUGACUUCAGAAUGCAUUCCGUUUCCGGAAAAAUAUAUUGUCGGGUCACUCGGAUCAGAGAUGAUAUCUGCCUGGUCACUGGGAUCAAAGAUGAUAUCUGCCUGGUCACUCGGAUCAGCGGUGAUAUCUGCCUGGUCACUCGGAUCAGCGGUGAUAUCUGUCUGGUCACUCGGAUCAGCGGUGAUAUCUGUCUGGUCACUCGGAUCAGAGAUGAUAUCUAUCAGGUCACACGAACUGAUGAUAUCUGUACGAUCAUUUGAAAACAAAACAGAAAUAAACUGCUAA